CAAGAGGUAGGGGGGGUCGGAGGUGGUGGUCCGGCGGAUACGAACUCCGAUAGGGAACAUUGGCUCAGUUUGCUUUCGUUCGUCUUCGUGGAAGGUAUACCGGUUACUGUCACGUUCUACAUCAGUUAAACGCACGUUGCGCUCUUCCGGUACCGUCGAAACCGUUUCCUCGUUUUAGCGUCAAACGUCGCGGUCAGUGGGUUUCUCUUCCGUCGCCAAGGUGUGUUAAUGUGGUUGUGAUACACGGAAGUUAGUUAGCGGCGAGGAGGGAUACCGUGCUACGUGUGUCAAGUGCCACUGGAUGAUGAAUGUGAUGAUACAGAGCUGGUUCAUCUGCUGUCUGUUUCUGCUGGGCUGUGUUCAAGAAUACAACAGGGAAGAGAGGGAAGCAUUGCUAUCGAUCAAAGUUCGAUCCCUCGGAGUUUUUGCAAUUCUCGAUCCUUUGUGCCAAGAGUCCAGAAAUACAAAAACAGGGACGCAAAAUCCUCCGUGUGUGCCUGUGAGAUAUUUUUCGCUACGCAUUCUCGACGAUGAAGAGAAGAUGAGUCUCUGGGUCGAUGAGCAAAGACGACUAGAAGUGUGGCCAGAAUGCUGGCAGCUCGUGAUCAAGAGCGUGAACGUCCCAGAAAGGGUGAAGGUGGGAGAGGCGGAUUACGUGAUUCUGGACUGCGACUAUGAUUUCGAGAACACGCCUAGCAAGGGAUUAGUCGUGAAAUGGUUCUUCAACGUCAACGAAGUGGCUUACCAAUGGAUAUACGGUAGAAAUCCUUUGGCCGGCGAGCUCAUGGAGAAGUACGUCGACCUGAAGUACGAAGCCAGCGACGAUCCGUACACCAAGUACCGAGCCAUGAAAUUGAAUAAGCCCGGUAUCGAUCUUACCGGCGACUACAGGUGCGUCAUAUCCACUUUCGCGGACGAGCGGUCUGCCAAUGCCUCCAUGGUUGUGUAUUCAACGGAGGAGAAAUUCGAUCUUGUGUAUAGAAAGAAAACCAUAGAUGAUAAGGAUGGAGUGGAGAUAACGUGUAAAGCAGAAGGACUAUAUCCACAACCUACCCUAGAUAUAUCCAUCGAGUCUGUUCCGGAAAAGCAAACAGCGAAGCCCACCGUUACGCUGCGUGACGAUGGACUGUACGAUAUCUUAUCACGAACGGCCUUACUGGACGAAGAUUUACCGGAAGAGGCGAUUGUCAAAUGCUUGCUCGGUAUACCGAAGGCAAACUACAACGUUUCCCACCAAACCGUCUACUAUCGCGGAACGCCUACUACUACUUCAACUGCUACAACGAAGCUGCUGCAGAUAAUGGAGAACCAAGCGCUAGACAACUCAGGGGCUGGCAAUGGUGGUGGAAACUUCUCUGGUCAAGUGUCAAUUAAUGUCCUCUUAGUCAUGAUGCAUCUGGCAAUUGUCAACAUGUUCAAUUAACCGCUUGAUUCCUAGGUGACCGCUCGAACAUGAGUCCGAAGCAAGUGGUAGACGCGCGUUAAAAGUCAACCGUUCUCGACCUUUCGUCUUACUACGCCUAAGAUCGACGAACAUCGUGUCCCCUUCCCCCUGUCCCCCCCAAACGUUAAAUGUUGUUUCACAAAGCGCCAGACACAAGCAUCGAAGUUCGAUCAACGUUCAUGUUCAUCGUCUCGCAAGAGAAAGUCCUGUUUAUAAUUCUGUAUGCAUACAUCGUACGCGCUGUUUAGAGUGUUAUUUGUACUUGUAAACGAAAUUUGUAGAUUAUCGCGGCCGAGAUCGACGCGACUUGAACCAACAAAAAAAAAAAAGGAAAUAAAAUAAAAGGUUUAUAGGUAAACUAUCGAAGCGGGGUCGGCUGGUUUUAAAACGAAAAAAAAAGAAAGAAAAUCGUCGAAGUGUGGCGUGUAAAUAAUGUUCAAGAUUUGAUCAUACAUAUGUAUAUUAACAGUUCGAGUCAUAAUUGUAGACUGUGUUUGUUAUACUCUUCGUGUUACGUCAGAUUCAUAAUAUAUUGUUUAAACGAAUAAGAUGUAUGGAACUUUACAUACACGAUACACACACCAGAUAUAUGAUAUAUUAUAUAAAUAUACGAGAGAAAAAGAAGAUCGAUCGGAUACAUAUAUAUAUAUUAACUAUACGUAACUUGAAUGUGUAAUUAUUUUAAUAUGUGUAAAUAGCUGCGACAAUAUGCUGUAUCGAAAUGCAAACGCGCGUAUGUGAAGAAUAUCUAGGAGCGUGGAUCGCGAUAACAUCCUCGCUUGUUAAUGAGAAUUUAGAGGAUUCUGCGAUGAGACGACGAACUGUUCCGUCUGCGUUUACUCAUUGCGGACAGAGAUGGAUGAAAUUCUUGCCUAGGCGAAAAUUUCAAAAUAGAAAUUCGAAUUACAAAAUGAAAUGUUUCGCGUUGAACGAAUAAAAAUUGAAUUAGUUAAUCGAACAAACGUCGCUUUGUAAAUCCUGUGUUUAUGUUAUUCGUCGAGUAUUAUUCGAAUAAAAUUUUGCCCAUCUCUGAUUGCGAAAGAAGCGUGACGCUUAGAAGACAGCGUGACAGACAAAAAUAUCCAAACGAAAAGUGUUACACGAAUCUAAAGAUUGUUUCAGGACACCUGAAACGUUACAAGUUGUAAUAGCAUGGCGUUUCGAAGUUAGGGAAUCUCAGGGGGUUGCAAAUGGAGAAUCUGAACCAUCGUCGCAGCGAAACCCAUUGCUUCCCUAAGAUCCCAUGGCUCUGAAGCGACAUAUUGUUGCUACUGUUAUAUUAGCGAGGUCGAUGAGUUUAAUUUAUUAAUUAAUUUAUUUGGACUUCAAUUCCGCUCAGGUAUUUUCGUUUAAAUAUAUAUUUUAAUUAAUGCUAUGAAACGACCAAAGAGCUAAUAUUCAGAUCAGAGCUUCUUAAACUAUGAGUCGCGUUAAAAAUUCUUUGGAGUCGCAGAAAAUUGUGAAAAAAUAUAAAAUAUGUUUUGUAUCGCUUUAAGGUAUCGGAGUAUUAUAUCUGUAUAUAACAAAUAUACUUGUAUAGCGAUUAUUAUUAUAAAUAAGGUUAGCGUAUCCGACGAGGAUGACGUAUUAAUUCCUAAAAUUGUCAGUGCAGUGCACAGGACGAUUAAAUUUAUAUUUCACGGAGCAUAUGAAUUCGAUAAAAUUUGGGAGUGGUGAACUAGAUCGCGAGUGAAACAGGUUUAAGAAGCCCCGAUUUAGCCUAAACUCGUAUUAGUUUCUCUUUGGCUGUUCUGUGAGUUGUAGUACCAAAGAUGAUCGAAUAAAUACCUGAGCAAUCGGAAGUUGAAACUGCGUGCACCAAAGUUCGCGUGUCUAAUUAACUUAGGCCUAACAUACAAGUUAUUUUUUUCUACUUGCACGCUACUCGACUAAUCAUGUUUACGUAAGAGACUAGUCUACGAAAGGGGUGAUAUUUGUUUCUUAGAUAAAAGGAAUUCUUUUGUACAUCGAAGAAAUUAGCGAGAAAUAAAGUAAAUGUUUACGUUA